UUUCUUUUAAGAUGGUUAUCCGCCUAUAAACUAUUUGUCACAGUCUCGCCGAGUCCAUUAUAAGUUGGUUGUACUGUACAUAGAGUUUUCAGUGACGUUAGGUUUCACAGCCUGAAUUCUCAUGCGGCGUUUCCCCUCUCAUUCCCUCAUAGCCCCUAGCCGUCACUUUGUGCUUUGUUUAUGUCGUCAACUAGUCGAAUGUAGUUUUAUGAAUGACUUGCUGGGUCUAUCCUUGUUUUGAAGUCGAUGCGCGUAACGCAUAAUGCGCAUUCGGGUUAUUAUGCUGAGCAAUCCGGCACCACUUUUGGUUCGGCUGCCGAGAGCGUAGUGAGUGAACUGUGAAACGCUAUUCUUUGGACAGAGUGGGAUUCAGUGAAUUUUAUGCACCAUGUAUAGUACAGCACCUAGUGGAAUAAGUCGAUGUGCCGCUAAAUUUUGUACAAACAAUUCAAAUAAUUGUCAAUAUAGUUUUUUCAAGUUCCCGACAGAUACUGGCAGGUCAAACGUUUGGCUUCUGGCAUGUGGCAGAAAAGACUUAAUGGGAAAAGAAAAUCUUUAUAAGUCGUCUUAUAAAAUGUGUGGAUUUCAUUUCGAGAGUCAUAUGUUUGCAAAUGACACGCGUAAUAGGUUGAGGAAAAAUGCCUUUCCAACUAUUUUUCCUACCUUAGCAGAACUGAUCCCGAGUUCACAAAAGGAACUUCGGGGACUUCCACCAUUGGUUCCACUAGGUAGAACGAAAAAUACGGCUGGAAAUGCUUCAGACCCUUCAUCGAGCUUCAUUGAAAACAGUUUAUCGACUACCAACUCUGGGGAAAAGCUUCAGUCUGAAGAUCCUUUUGGCGCUACCCCUUUGCAAGGACCUAGUACCACCAUCAGUAAUACCAAUGACAUCCCAGAAUUCGAUGAACCUGAAAGUAUCAAAAUUGAGCCUAUCCAAAUCAAGAGAGAGUAUUAUGAAGACGAAUCUGAAGCUCCAUCCAAUAAAAGAUUUUGCUUUGACGAUGACCUUUCCGCAUUUGGAAGGUUAGUUGAGCAAAAACUGAGAAUGAUGCCAACGGAAUACGGUAAACGUUUGGUAAUGCAGAAAAUUGAAGCUAUUCUUCACGAAGCUGAGAGUGGAGUGUAUGAUUAUCCUAAGUCGGAUUCGGAGCUACCAGAGCAAUGCCCUCCAUUUGUUGCAGUUGAAGUAGACGUUUCUUGUGUAAAACAAGAAGUCGAAGAAAGCUAGAAUAUUGACAGGAAUGUUAGGUUAACCUUGUAAAUAUUUUCAUACGCUGUGAAUAUAGCCUUACUCUCAUUGCUCAAAACCAUUCCAAUACGGAACACAUUUUCCUUUCUAAUUUUAUUUGAUAAUUUCAUUUUUUCAUAUUUUUUUAAAUGUUUAAUCGCCGUGAACGUGUAAAUUCGGCAAAUGAAUUUAAGUUACUCGCUCAAAAAAGUGCUGGGGGGGACGGACUCAGGAUCCUUGUUCAGUCCGUCUGGGGGAGGGAUAUCGGCGAUUGAAAAUUGGAGAGCGGGGGGAAUCGGUGAUUCAAAAGUAAAAGAACGGGAGGGUCAUCUGGAAAUUGAAGAACAAGUUCGAUGUUUUUUAAUCUUGAAUAUUUGGGGGGAUCGAAUCCCAGGUCGUCUCUGGUUAUAGCCAAAUAUUGCUACAAUAUUGCCCGUUUAGAGGCUUUGAAAUGAAUUUUUGGUGCUCCUGAGGAAGUGUUAUUGGAAACGGCAACAAUACAAAUUGCGAUAUUAUCUCGCUAAUGACUGUACACAUAAUAAGCAAUAAUCCGUUUUUGUAAGAUAUUUGUAGGUAGUAUAUAAAAUGAAGG